AUGGAUGUGUCCGUUGUGAUCCCAGUGAAAAAUGGUGUGCCUUAUAUUGACGAGUGCUUGGAUUCACUUCUGAAUCAAACGUUCAAAGGUGCAUGGGAGAUAUGCGUUUACAAUGACGGUAGUAGUGACUCAACCGUUUCUCAUGUUGAACAAUUCAUUCCUGGCUUUGCAGCCCGAGGUGUUGACCUUCGCAUCAGAAGUGGUUUGGAAAGUGGAGGAGUUGGUUACGCGAAGAACCGGGCGAUAGAAAUGAGCAAUGGUCGUUUCAUCUGCUUCUGCGACGCAGACGAUCUAUCAGAUUCAUCACGUAUUCAAGCACAAUACAACCUGGCUUCGUCAUGCUCGGGCGGUUCAUUAGUUUUUAUUGGAAGCAACUUUCGGCGAUUACCGGAAGGGUCAACAGAGCGGUACACGAAGUGGGCUAAUGGCUUAUCCAGUGAUCAGUUGACAUCUCAAGUUUUCACUUCCCAUGGCCCCACGCUAAUCGCUCCGACAUGGUUUAUUUCCCGUGAUCUCUAUCAGCGGUUGAACGGCUUUCGAGAAGACUUCCGCAGUGGAUACCCGGAAGAUCUCGAGUUUUUCUAUCGAGCCCUCGAUUUGGAAAAUGUCUCUUUUUUGAAAGUUGAUGAGCCCCUCGUAUGGUAUCGCUAUCACAACGGUUGCGCAUCUUUUGGUGUGCCUGAAAACACCAUUUGGAAAAUGCGUAUCGAUCGCUUGUGUGACAAGGUCCUUCCGGACUGGAAAACGUUCACGAUUUGGAAUGCCGGCAAACAAGGAAAAAGAUUUUUCAAAUCGUUGCCAAAAGAAUGCAAAGCUCGUGUUGUGGCGUUCUGCGACGUUGAUGAGAAAAAGAUAAGUCGAGGAGUGUUGGAAGAGUAUGAUGAGGUUGCUCGCGUGGUACGGUGGAAGUUGCCGAUCGUGCAUGUGAGGGAUGCUUGCCCUCCGUUGGUGAUCUGCGUCAAAUUGGAUAUGACAGGAGGUGACCUAGAACGUUUGGUAGCUGAAUCGGGCUGGGUCGAAGGACGUGACUUCAUUCACUUCAGUUAG